UCUCUCUGUUGCACUGUUGGGGACACUGGACGUAUAUGUUUAAGCUGUCUAGAGCACUAGCAAUGUCUGUGAAGAAGACGGAGAGCCAAUGGAGAGCUCAGCUGAGCCCCUUACAAUUUGCAGUGCUGAGACAAUCAGCUACGGAACCUUCCGGCCUAUCAAGACUCCAAGACGGGUCCAAUGGUGUGUAUCACUGCGUAGGAUGCGAUAAUCCUCUCUACAAAGCAGAUCAGAAGUUCAACUCUGGCUGCGGAUGGCCAUCGUUCUACGAGGAGAUUCCAGGCUCCAUACGCCUGCUCGAGGAUAACUCUCAUGGGAUGCAAAGAACCGAGAUGAGAUGCUCACGGUGUGACGGACAUCUGGGGCACGUCUUCAAGGGCGAGGGCUUCGGAGGUGACAAGGACGAAAGACACUGUGUUAAUGGGAUUGUUCUACAGUUCAAGCCGUUGGAAUGAUACGUUCUAUUGAUAGCACUCUAUAACUUCAACAAUUUCUUCAACUCUCCGCUCA